AAGGGUUGAAUAGUUGACUUAGUUGACUUGCAAUGAUCAUCGCAAAAAGGGCAUAUAGGUUAAGUUCCAGUAACAUGCAUACGGUAAAUCUUUGCCUGCCUGCUGAAUUCUUUGUGCAGCCAUGAAUACCAAACCAAACUCAAAGUUCGUGUUCUCCGUUAUUUUAUUAUGUGCGUUUCUCGAGUACCAUGUUUACCUAGCAGCUGCCACCAUCAGCGAAAACAAAUCCCUCUCGGGCGAUCAAACCAUUGUCUCUGCAGGUGGGAUUUUUGAGCUCGGUUUCUUCAAACCGGGUAACCUUUCAAACUUCUACAUAGGCAUAUGGUACACCGACCGAGUAGUAUCCGAGAGGACCAUUGUUUGGGUGGCAAACAGGGAAAAACCAGUUUCCGAUAUAUUUUCUUCGGUUCUAAUGAUUUCAGAUGGUAAUUUAGUCCUGCAUAACGAGUCCAAAGAGCUCAUUUGGUCAACGAAUUUAACCUCCUCCUCCUCCGCCACUGCACUUCUUUUGGAUACCGGAAACCUGGUCUUGAGACCCGGGUCUAGUAAUAAUUUAUCAGAGCUGUUAUGGCAAAGCUUUGAUCAUCCAACGCAUACUUGGCUGCCCGGAGGUAGAAUUGGGUUUAACAAUGUUACCAAACAAACCCAAAUUCUUACUUCAUGGAAGAGUUCGGAGGAUCCUGCGGGUCUUUUCUCGCUCGAGUUAGACCCGAACGGAAGCAGUGCGUUUUUCAUAAUGUGGAAUAGGUCUAGGCAGAAUUGGACUAGUGGGUCAUGGGACGCAAAAUUAAGGGUUUUCCGCUUGGUUAGUACAGGGUUCAAUACAAAAAUAUACAACCUCAGCUAUGUUACGAACGCAACAGAAAUUAUUUCACCUAUUCUGUUUAUGAUCCUACUGACAUGGAUGGAGAAUUCCACGCAAUGGAAUUUGGUUUGGUCUCAACCGAGAAAGCAAUGCGAAAUUUAUGAUUUGUGUGGGGCCCUCGGAAGUUGCAAUGAGGUAAGCCCCCUCGCCUGUAAUCGCUUGAAAGGUUUUGAGCCGAAGGUGAAGAGAGAUUGGGAUUUAAAGGAUUACUCUGGUGGGUGUUCGAGAAAAACCGAUCUGCAUUGUGGAAAUGCUACUAGUGCGAGCGGAAAGCCAGACCGGUUUCUUGAACUUCCUAGCAUGUCAUUGCCUAAAAAUAAUUACACUAUGGAGGUUGGGAGUAUUGCCGAAUGUGAACUGUUCUGCCUUAGAAGCUGUUCUUGCACUGCUUUUGCUUAUGACAGCAGCGGAUGUUCGAUUUGGAACGGAGAACUCUUGGAUUUGCAACAACCAACAUCAAGUGACGACCAGGGAAGAACUUUAUACCUCAGACUUGCAGCUUCUGAGUUUGAGAGUUCUCAAAGUAACAAGGGAUUGAAUGUUGGUGUUGUGAUUGCAAUUGUCUCAAUAAUCACAGGUUUGCUGGUUGUCAUUUUUGGCUAUUACUUACUGAAGAAAACAUUGGAAAAGAAAAGAGAGCAUAGGAAAAGAAAUGGUGAAAAGAACGAUGCAGAACUGCCUAUCUUUGGUUUAAGGGCUAUAAUAGCUGCUACAAACAAUUUCGCCGAAGCUAAUAAACUCGGAGAGGGAGGAUUUGGCCCUGUCUACAAGGGAAUUUUGGGUGAAAAUCAAGAAGUAGCCAUAAAAAGGUUAUCAAAAAAGUCAGGCCAAGGACAACAGGAGUUCAUGAAUGAGUUAAAACUUAUUGCCAAGCUCCAACAUACCAAUCUCGUUAGGCUCUUGGGUUGCUGUCUUGAAGACGAGGAUAUGAUAUUGAUCUACGAGUACAUGCCCAAUCGGAGUUUGGACAAACUUUUGUUUGAUGCAUCUGAAAAAGGAGGAUUAGAUUGGGGAAGACGUUUUCAAAUUAUAGAAGGCAUUGCUCAAGGAGUACUUUAUAUCCACAAGUAUUCGAGAUUGAAAAUCAUCCACAGGGACCUAAAAGCAAGUAACAUACUAUUGGAUGGAGCCUUGAACCCCAAAAUUUCAGACUUUGGAAUGGCAAGGAUUUUCGGAAUGAAUCAAACUGAAGCAAAUACAAAUAGGGUUGUUGGCACAUACGGUUACAUGUCACCCGAAUAUGCAAGAUAUGGUCAUUUCUCUGAGAAAUUAGAUGUAUUCAGCUUCGGAGUGUUGUUGUUGGAGAUUGUAAGCGGAAAGAAGAAUGCUGCUUUUUAUCGCUUUGAACAUUCACCAACUCUUGCUGGAUGGGCAUGGGAGAUGUGGAAAGAUGGAAGAGGAACAGAGGUGAUUGAUGAAUCGGUAAGGGAAACAUGCCGGAUCGAUAAAGCUUUGAAGUGUAUCCAUGUAGGGUUUUUGUGUGUUCAAGAAACUCCAAUUGAUCGACCAACAAUGUCUUCGAUAGUUCGUAUGUUGCAGGGCAAUGAAUCUACAUCUCUUCCACCUUCCAAAGAACUUGCCUUUUCAACACACAGAAAUUCUAGUCAUGUUUACUCUUCGGAAACGCCAACCAUUUUUUCCCAAAACACAGUGACCAUGAGUUUGCCAGAAGGUCGAUAG